CUGUGUGGUCUCCUUCUCCUCUCUUACCUUUCCUUCACGAUCCCCGUAAACCCCGAAAACACUCAAUCCCCGAUCUCCUCCCCAAAGUCUUCUCAAACUAUGACUCUCGCCGAAACCUACGCCUGCAUCCCUUCGACCGAAAGAGGUCGCGGAAUCCUGAUCUCCGGCGACUCCAAGUCCGACACCAUCCUCUACACCAACGCCCGAUCCGUCGUGAUCCUCGACCUCAACAACCCCUUGAAAGUCUCCAUCUACGGAGAACACGCUUACCCCGCUACCGUUGCGCGAUACUCCCCAAACGGAGAGUGGAUCGCGUCGGGGGAUGUCUCCGGGACAGUGAGAAUAUGGGGAGCUCGUGACGAUCAUGUUUUGAAGAAGGAGUUUAAGGUUUUGGCUGGGAGGAUCGAUGAUCUGCAGUGGUCGGACGAUGGGAUGAGGAUCGUUGCUUCUGGUGAUGGGAAAGGGAAGUCUCUCGUUCGUGCUUUCAUGUGGGAUUCAGGAUCGAAUGUGGGAGAGUUUGAUGGACAUUCCAGGCGUGUUCUUAGCUGCGCUAUCAAGCCGACCAGACCCUUCCGCAUUGUUACUUGCGGAGAGGAUUUUCUGGUUAAUUUCUACGAAGGCCCUCCUUUCAAGUUCAAGCUCUCAAGCAGAGAGCAUUCCAACUUUGUCAACUGUGUGAGGUAUUCACCUGAUGGAAGCAAGUUCAUUACUGUGAGUUCAGAUAAAAAGGGAAUCAUAUAUGAUGGAAAGACUUGUGAGAAACUUGGACAACUCUCAUCUGAAGAUGGGCAUAAAGGUAGCAUCUAUGCGGUUAGCUGGAGUCCUGAUGGCAAAGAGGUCCUCACUGUAUCUGCAGACAAGUCAGCUAAAAUAUGGGAAAUCUCGGAUUCUGGUAACGGAACAUUGAAGAUCACAUUGACGUGUCCAGGAUCAUCAGGUGGUGUGGACGAUAUGCUUGUCGGGUGUCUGUGGCAAAACGACCAUAUUGUCACUGUUUCUCUAGGUGGAACAAUCAGCAUAUUCUCAGCAAGCGAUCUUGAGAAAUCCCCCUUCCAGUUCUCGGGACAUAUGAAGAACAUCUCUUCCUUGUCUGUGCUCAGAGGAAAUUCUGACUACAUACUAUCCGGUAGCUAUGAUGGUCUGAUAUGUAAAUGGAUGAUGGGCCGUGGUUUUUGCGGUAAAUUGCAGCGAAAGCAGAACUCUCAGAUAAAGUGCUUUGCUGCUCAUGAAGUUGAAAUAAUCACAUCUGGAUUUGACAAUACGAUAUCGAGGAUCUCUUAUCAAGACGGUCAGGUCACAAACGAAGAGUCUGUUGGCGUUGGAAACCAACCAAAUGAUCUAAGCCUUGCACCACUCUCACCUGGUCUCCUUCUGGUGACCUUUGAAUCAGGAGUUGUGUUUCUCCGUGGUGAGAAAGUAGUGUCAACCAUCAACCUUGGGUUCACCGUCACUGCUCUGGCCGUAACACCUGAUGGAACUGAAGCCAUUGUCGGGGGUCAAGACGGUAAGCUCCGUCUGUAUUCUGUGAAUGGCGACUCUCUCAACGAGGAAGCAGUUCUUGAGAAACACAGAGGCGCCAUCAGCGUCAUUCGUUACUCCCCAGAUUUGUCUAUGUUUGCAUCAGCUGAUUUGAACAGAGAAGCAGUUGUAUGGGACAGAGCCUCCAGAGAGAUGAAGCUCAAGAACAUGUUGUACCAUAGCGCUCGCAUAAACUGCCUAGCUUGGUCUCCAAACAGCACUAUGGUUGCUACGGGAUCCUUGGACACGUGUGUGAUUGUGUAUGAAGUGGACAAACCAGCUUCCACACGGAUGACCAUAAAAGGAGCGCAUUUAGGUGGAGUUUAUGGACUGGGUUUCGCUGAUGAUACCCAUGUCGUGAGUUCUGGUGAAGAUGCUUGUAUCCGGGUUUGGAGCUUAACUACUUGAGGUGUGGGUUUUGUAAAGAUCUCUGGGAAGCUCCUCUUUGUCUCUUUGGAAAAAUAUUUUACUACUUCUGAAGGCUUCGGAUCUUUUGUAUGGCCGUGUGUCUGUGACGCUUUGUUGGUGUGUGCGAGUCUUUUUGUCUGCAUAUCUUUGUCAAACACAAUACUUUCUGUUUUUUUUUUUUUGUGUGUGUGUG